AUGGUUAGUUUGCUUGCUACCUGUACCAACCUCCUCAUGAUCAGACAUGGAAAGUCCAUUCACCUGCACAUACUCGCUAAUGGUAUAGAAUUGCAUGUUGCUUUGGGUACUGCCCUGCUUAAUAUUUUAACGAUAUUGAAUUGCACGUUGCUCUGGUCAUGGACUGCCACGAUUUCCAGCCUCACAGAAACUGGCGAUAGAGAGGAAUCUAUUUCUCUGUUUACCAGAAUGGAAGAAACUGGUCUGAGGCUUGAUGACAAGUCAUUUUCAGCAAUCCUGUGCAUGGUUGACUUAUAUGGGAGCACUGGGAAGAUUGAAGAGGUUGUAUCAGAUUAUUAUAGGAUGCCUAUGGAACCAAACUCUGUUAUAUUGGGGAGUUAUCUUAGCUCUUGUAAACAACACGGUUUAAAGCAACUUCCGUCUUCUGGUCAAAAUAAAGACCAACCUUGGAGGAAACUAUAUAUUUGCAGCCAGUGUGUCAUCCCUGUCUGGAUAUUGUAA